AUGGUUCGGGCAGUGCUAUGUGCGGUCAGUAGUCGUACAGUUGAGCAGGUUGUUGAUAUGAGCAAAAUUCGUUCCCAGCUGAAUGAGCAAUUGCGUUGUUUGGAAACUCGAACAGAAGCACAGAUUGCUAUUUUAUUGGAACUAAAUGAUUACUAUCGGAGGAAGGCGGAACUUGAUGGCGAGUAUGGGAAACAGCUCGAAAAACUUGCAAAAAAUAUUAUGCAAAAGCAUAAAAAUGAGCGGUAUAAACGCGAUUCUUGGACCUUACAUUCAACCUGUGGGUUGUGGCAACAGCUGGUAGAUCAAACAAAAGAGGAAGCUAAGCAAAAGAUGGCAUUGGCUGAUUUGUAUGCAGCUCGUCUUACAGUACUUAUUACUCAGAGAGCAGAUGAUUUACAACGUAUUUUUCGAAAAACUUUGUUUAAUACUGACUUUUCUAUUUGCUAUACAGUAUCGACUCUCCAAAUAUCUGUUGGAGAUAUUGAUGGAGGUCCUGGAAAGUGUCGCGAGAUAGGGGCACUCGCUCACGGUGAAAUAUGUCGAGUGCUGAACGAACUACAUACUGCCAUGAGAACUUAUCAGCUUUGUUUUCUCGAAUGUUCAGCUAUAGAAAGUAAAUUUCGCCAAGUUGAAGAAAAUAAGACGAGGUAUGAGGAGAAUAAUCCGACUAAGCUUGGUAUUACUCGUAAACAUCGAUGUUUGGCAAAGCUUUAUAAUAAGAGACUUGAAAAAUACAACACGGUAAAACUGAAAUGUUUGAAAGCCAGAAAUGAAUAUCUGUUAUGUGUGCAGGCAGCUAAUGCAGCUUUGCAUAAGUAUUUUGCUGACGACAUUUCUGAUCUCAUCGAUUGCAUGGAUCUUGGUAUGGAUCAGUGGUUACAAGGUUUUAUCAGUUGUACAAUCACAGCGCGGAAAGAUAUAUGUCAGAAAGAAAUGGAUGCUUUGGCAGAGCUUUGUGGAUUUAAAGAAUCACUCGAUUCAAAAGCGGAUAAGCAGCGGUUUAUUGAAGCAAACCAUGCUACUUUCAUGCUGCCGAAACGAUUUGAAUUUAGAGGACAGCUUGGUGACACAGUGUCUACGGUAAGUGCAACCGAUGUCGUUGCCGAAGAAUUAAAACAGCGGCAUCUGCAAAUCGAACGGAGACUUGCUAAUGUGAGAAUUGAAUCGGAAGAAAUAUGGAAAACUUUGGAAUCCACAGAAAAAGCGGUUGCUGAACGUUUUAUCGAAGCAAUGACUAGUUCGGUUGCAGCCGCUGAAAUUCCAAGUGAUACGUCGCGUGAAGAUUGUAAUGACGCAAACAUUUACAACUUCAGGAAUAGAAUAAAUGCUAACGAAUUAUAUGACUUUUAUCUUGGAGUUAGUCUUAUCUUCUUUUAUCUAUUUAGAAUUGAAUCGGAAGAAAUAUGGAAAACUUUGGAAUCCACAGAAAAAGCGGUUGCUGAACGUUUUAUCGAAGCAAUGACUAGUUCGGUUGCAGCCGCUGAAAUUCCAAGUGAUACGUCGCGUGAAGAUUGUAAUGACGCAAACAUUUACAACUUCAGGAAUAGAAUAAAUGCUAACGAAUUAUAUGACUUUUAUCUUGGAAAAUUUAGUCAUUAUAUGCUGAAUAGUAACUUAAUUGAACGUCUGGAAGCACGGGCAAAUGGAAUUGCAUCAGCUUUGAACGGGUAUUCUAACAAGAGUUUUGAUGGUGGCACCAGCUCUGCUGUUGUUCCUUUCCCCAACUCUUUCUACCAAGAUGGGGAUGACAACGAAAUCUUUCCUUCUACUCGUAAAAGUGCGAAAAAAAGAAUUGGCAGUGGUUUGCUAUCUGACAAUAUUAGGCGGCCGAAACUGUUUGGGGGUAGUUUGGAUGAGUAUGUUGAAGCAACGGGCGAAACAAUACCUCUCAUUAUCACUUCAACUAUACGUGUAUUGUCCCAAUUUGCUCUGCAUCAUCAAGGAAUAUUCCGUAUAUCGGGCUCACAAAUUGAAAUUAAUAUAUUCCGAGAAGCAUUUGAAAAAGGAGAAGAUCCAUUGCGACAUGUUGUUGAUGCCACGGAUGUUAAUUCAAUUGCGGGUGUUUUGAAACUUUAUUUACGUGAACUUCGCGAAUCCCUUUUUCCUAUAUUUCUUUUUGAUCAGUUGACAGAAUGUGCGAAAUGUUCAAGCGCCGACGAAUUCAUCAAACAGGUUGCUCCACUUAUCCAGAAAUUGUCACAACCUACUCAGCUCGUAUUACGAUAUCUUUUUGCAUUCCUCAAUCACCUUAGUGAAUUUAGCGAUGAAAAUAUGAUGGAUCCAUAUAAUCUUGCCAUCUGCUUCGGGCCUACACUUCUUCCUAUUCCAGAAGGAAAAGAUCAGGUCUUUUACCAUAAUUUUGUAAAUGAACUUGUGAAAAAUUUGAUUGUUUAUCACGAGCAAAUUUUUUCCGCAGUGUUAUCUGGUCCGCGGUAUGAGAAAUAUCUUAUUGAAUCCGAGCAAGCACUCUUCAUUGAUGAGCAAGAAGGUGUCAUCAGUGGUGAUGAAGAAACGGUAACAACACCGGUUUUUGACUAUUCAAGCGAAAAAUCGUUGACCGGACUUACAACAUCUGCGAUGGCUUUAUCUUGGAAUGCUGCAGAUGCUGGUGUGGAAAUGCUUCCGGCGGCUUCAAAUACCGUUGCAUGUGUAUUAUACAACGUUCCAGAAGGUGCCGUCACUUCAGAUGACCGGAAUCCUGUGGUUGCAAACCUGUCCAAGGAUUCUGCGUCAUCAACAAAAUUAUUACUUGGACCAGAUACCGACGUUAAGAACUAUGAAUGUGGCAAUAAUACAACUAUCACAAGUGCGCGGAAUCUUUCAUUGAUGAAUAACAAGGAAAUUCCUUCAAACCAGAAACAAAAGCAACAGCAGGUUUGGUCUCGUCGAGGGUGCGGCGUGAGUUCGCUACGUGAGCAACUGCAUCACAGCCGAGUACAACAGCAGGCCUUUACGAGUGAUAAGUUAUCAUCGUCAUCAUCUUUAGAUGCUCUCAUUUUUGAUAAUCGUUUCGAUGGAGUUAUGUUUGGAAAUAAAGUAUCAUCAGUUAGUAGCGAAAGCCCUAACAGAAAAACGAUAUUUCACGAGAAGCUGAGAAGUAUGGAGCCAGAUUUAGUGCGUUCUCUUCCGCAUGAUAUGAUUAGUGUCCAACCACAGCUGUCACCAGGAAAUAUACAGUAG